CUUUCCUCCACCACUCCCGGUGGACAGGUAGCGCUAGGCUCCUACACCUGGUCCGACACACCUGGAGCGACAGGCAGCUUUUCUAGGGAGUUCGGCCAGAAAAACAUCAGUCUGAGCAUGCAUUGCGAAUGAGCGCCGUCAUUAACGCUACCUGGGGGACAAAGAGGACCAUAUUUUAUCCGUCGCACCUGUCCCCGACAUGGAGACUGCAAUUCGGGGACUCGGGCGCUGCUCCUGCGCCUUUUGGCUUGCGGUGGUCUUUGAUGUGUUUGGGCUCAUCGUCCUUCUGGUGGGAGUUUUCGCCGACUUGUUUUUCUACGAUUUCCUCAUUUACGCUGGCGCUAUCAUCAUCUUCCUGAGCCUCGUCUGGUGGGUUUUCUGGUACACGGGCAACAUCGAAGUCCCGCCGGAGGAUCUGGAGGACGACGUGGGCUUGCUGAAAAAGGACAGGGGCAUCGACGCCUUGGUGCGCAGACUGUCGAGUCGCCUGUCCAACGGGAUCAGGAGUUCCUUCCGAGGGAACAGGAGGGGCGACCAGCCUGUAACAGUGCCCACACGGGGUGGGGGUAGCAGGGGGCAAAUACCAGUGACUCUCCCUAUGGCUCCGCAGGAAGGUCUACACACCGUGUCUGCAGGCGUACGGAACCAAGCAGCAUCUCCGUCGCACAGGACUACAGAAACUUCGGCCAUCUGAUCAUUUAAAAAAGUUUUUAACGGUCGUUUUUAUCACCUUGAUAAAAGGAAGAAGAAGUCAUUUGGAUCCCGCAUUGCAACCUACGCACGCCACGUGCCAGUAAACGAGUCUGAUAACCCCGCACCUGGCCUCUCUUCCUCAGUAAUCCUCUUAACCUGUUUACAAGUACUUUAAAUUUAUGUGAAAUACCAGUGAAUUUUCUAUAAUUUGUCUGCAAACAG